GCAAUGGUACCAGCAUGAUAUCAUUGAUCAUUCCUCCCAAAGACCAGAUUUCACGAGUGGCAAAAAUGUUAGCGGAUGAGUUUGGAACUGCAUCUAACAUCAAGUCACGAGUAAACCGCCUUUCAGUCCUGGGAGCCAUUACAUCUGUCCAACAAAGACUCAAACUUUAUAACAAAGUACCUCCAAAUGGUCUGGUUGUUUAUUGUGGAACAAUUGUAACAGAAGAAGGAAAGGAAAAGAAAGUCAACAUUGACUUUGAACCUUUCAAACCAAUUAAUACAUCAUUGUAUUUGUGUGACAACAAAUUCCAUACAGAGGCUCUUACAGCACUACUUUCAGAUGAUAGCAAGUUUGGUUUCAUUGUAAUAGAUGGCAGUGGUGCACUUUUUGGCACGCUCCAAGGAAACACAAGAGAAGUCCUGCACAAAUUCACUGUGGAUCUCCCAAAGAAACAUGGUAGAGGAGGUCAGUCAGCCUUGCGCUUUGCCCGUUUAAGAAUGGAAAAGCGACAUAACUAUGUUCGAAAAGUAGCAGAGACUGCAGUGCAGCUGUUUAUUUCUGGAGACAAAGUGAAUGUGGCUGGUCUCGUUUUAGCUGGAUCAGCUGACUUUAAAACAGAACUAAGUCAAUCUGAUAUGUUUGAUCAGAGGUUGCAAUCAAAAGUUUUAAAAUUAGUUGAUAUAUCCUAUGGGGGUGAAAACGGAUUCAACCAAGCUAUUGAGUUAUCUACUGAAGUACUCUCCAACGUGAAAUUCAUUCAAGAGAAGAAAUUAAUAGGACGUUACUUCGAUGAAAUCAGCCAGGACACGGGCAAGUACUGUUUUGGUGUUGAAGAUACACUAAAGGCUUUGGAAAUGGGAGCUGUAGAGAUUCUAAUAGUCUAUGAAAAUCUGGAUAUAAUGAGAUACGUUCUUCAUUGCCAAGGCACAGAAGAGGAGAAAAUUCUAUAUCUAACUCCAGAACAAGAGAAGGAUAAAUCUCAUUUCACAGACAAAGAGACAGGACAGGAACAUGAGCUGAUUGAGAGCAUGCCCCUGUUGGAAUGGUUUGCUAAUAACUACAAAAAAUUUGGAGCUACAUUGGAAAUUGUCACAGAUAAGUCACAGGAAGGAUCCCAGUUUGUGAAAGGAUUUGGUGGUAUUGGAGGUAUCUUGCGGUACCGAGUAGAUUUCCAGGGAAUGGAAUACCAAGGAGGAGACGAUGAAUUUUUUGAUCUUGAUGACUACUAGGUAGUCGACAUGGGUCUGGCAAAAUGUGCCUCACCCUCCAGCAUCCAACCCAAGGAGCAUACCCGUGGUGGAAUCCAAACAGAUCCCUGCCUUACAAUUGGAAUGUUUCCAGAACUUAAUCCAUGAGCAUUGGAUAUCGAAAAGAAAACCGAAACAAAACCAGACCCAGCCCUACACUUUGGUUUGUCAUGGUAUCAGCGCAGCAGCCUACAACUAAGUUCCUAAAUGCCACUUUGGACUUAUUUAAAAAAGAAUCCCAGUUUUUACUUUUACUCGAUGGUGAAAUUGGUUGCUCUUGUAUUUUAUGGGGAAAAAAUGAUUUUUUUAACCUUCAUACAUAGAAGCAAAAGUACUUUAACUGCUGUAAACCUUCAAAACUUAAUAGAAGUGAGAUCAUA